AUGGACGCCGCCGACCACCCUCACCCGCUCGCGGCCCUCCCGCCAGGCCACUUCCUCGCGCUGCCCCCGACCUUCUCCAACGACCCACGCACGUCGCUCACUACCGCAUCCCACGCUGCACCCGGCCUUGCGCCCAACGUCGCCUCGCUCGCCGCCGCCGACUUCGAUGUCGAUGUGCGUACCGGUUUUCUCCCGCCGACCGCCAACGUGACUCGCCUAUUUGCUCCGUACGAUGUGUGGGAGGACGCGCUGGACGCUGCCCGCGGCGCUGGCCCCGGCGAUGGCCUGAGGCUCGGCGGCUGUGGCAAUGGCAAGCGUGAACAGGCAUGGCGCGAGGCCGUGGCUGCCAUCGGCGUGCUGCCGACCGACCAGCUCGACGACCUGCCGCACCUCCGUCGCGCCCACCUUGUGCUUGCCUUCCUGCUGCACUUUUACGUCCACUCGUCGCCACCAAAGUCGCACGCGACCCCCGCAGAGGUUCCCCCCUCCAUCUCUGUGCCACUGCUCGCCAUCUCCCCGCUCGUCGGUCUGCCUCCCAUCCUGACAUAUGCCGACACUGUGCUGUGGAACGUCCACGCGGCCGACAAGUCGCGCCCGACCAACAUGGCUUCCAACCCCCCGGCCACCACCCUUGGCAGCUUUACCAACACCAAGUCUGAGGCUGGGUUCUACCUCGUGUCGGCCGAGUGCGAGGCCGCCGGCGCCGCUGCAUUGGCGCUCAUGCGUCAGUGUCUCGACGAACUGUUCCUCGCCGACGAGCUGGCCCUCCGCCGUCUGACGGUCUACCUGCGCCAACUGGCCGUCCAGAUCGACCGCGUGGGCGACAUUACGCUGCGCAUGAUGACCGAGGUCGACCCAGAGGAGUUUUACCACCUCAUCCGACCAUGGUUCCGUGGCGGAGAUGGUGACGGGCCCAACUCGCCCGGAUGGAUUUUCAUGGGGGCCGACGAGCACGCCCUUUCCGAGGCGGAGAACAAGCUUGCAGGCGACAACGUCGUGGGGCGCAAGUUCUCUGGGCCCUCUGCAGGCCAGAGCUCCCUCGUGCACGCAUUCGACAUCUUCCUCACCGUCGACCACGCACCCCGACCCGACGAGGAAACCGGUCCGGUCCCCCUCGCGACUGGCACUGCCACUGCCGCAGUUGCCGCAAAGUCUCCGGCUGGUCCCGAGACUUCAACUCCGGCCACGGUGAUUAAGCUCAACGCAACGCCGCUGCGCGCAGGUACCAACGACGAGGCGUCCCCCGCAUCGGAACACCCACACCAACAAAAGUCUGGCGUGGUGGAGGCCACGUUCUUGCAGCGCAUGCUGCAGUACAUGCCCCUGCCGCACCGUACGUUCCUCCUGCACCUGUCGUCGCACCCAACCCCCUUGCGUGACCUCGUCAUCAAGCGCGCCGACACGCACCCGGCCCUCGCGGCCGCAUACGACGAGGCCCUGGCCGCCCUCCGCAGGUUUAGGGACAAGCACAUGCGUGUCGUGUCGCGCUUCAUUGUCCAGCAGGCCCGCCGGGCGCCCUCGGACCGCAUCCGCGCCUUGCUCGGGGACGCGCGCGAGGCAGAGGAGAUUGUAGAGGUCGAAGUGGACGGCCUCAGGGGUACCGGUGGCACACCACUCAUCCGCUUCCUCAAGCGGUGCAGGGACAACACUAGCCGUGCCAUGGUCACCGAGCAGUAG